AUGGGACCGGUGAAGCUGGAGAAGGUGGUGUUCGCGCUGAACGGGCGGCGGCACGAGGUGGCCGGCGCCGACGUGCACCCCGGUACCACGCUGCUCGAGUUCAUCCGCACCCGGACGCCAUUCACCGGCACCAAGCUCGGCUGCGGCGAAGGUGGAUGUGGAGCUUGUGUGGUCCUCAUAGCAACUUACAAUCCAACAAAAGAUGAAGUCACUGAAUUCUCCGCAAGUUCAUGCCUGACUCUGCUCUACAACAUAAAUCUCUGCUCAGUCAUCACCACCGAAGGCCUGGGAAAUACCAAAGAUGGUUUCCAUUCCAUCCAGAAGAGGAUGGCUGGGUUCCAUGCUUCCCAGUGUGGCUUCUGCACUCCUGGCAUGUGCAUGUCUAUUUUCACCUCUCUUGCCAAUGCCGACAAAUCCAAGAAGCCUGAGCCACAGAAAGGGUUCUCAAAGUUGACGGUGUCCGAAGCAGAAAGGGCGUUCUCAGGCAACAUGUGUAGAUGUACCGGUUACAGGCCAAUUGUCGACGCCUGCAAAAGUUUUGCUUCAGAUGUUGACCUGGAGGAUUUGGGCCUCAAUGUAUUCUGGAAGAAAGGCGAUAAGCACGCCGACGUUAGCAAGUUGCCAGCUUACACUCUUGGUGGUGGAGUCUGCACUUUCCCGGACUUCCUGAAAUCCGAGAUAAAAUCUUCACUUCAUCAUCUAAAUGAUGAUUCGGAUGUUACGAUCUCCAGGGAGGGUUGGUAUCAUCCUAAAAGCAUCGAGCAAUAUUAUGAUUUGCUGAACUCUGGCUUGUUCAGUGACUGCCCAGUUAAAGUGGUUGUCGCGAACACAAGUUCUGGUGUGAAGGGAUACAAGGAUCAGGAUCUAUAUGACAAGUAUAUUGACAUCGGUGACAUUCCAGAGCUUUCAGCUAUUUGGAAGAAAGACGGUGGCAUUGAAAUUGGAGCAGCUACACCAAUUUCUAAGACCAUCGAGAUACUUGAGCAAGAAGCCGGGUCUAAAUCAUCUCCAAAUGGAAGUGUAGUUUUCAGAAAACUCGCCGAGCACAUGAGCAAGGUAGCCACACCGUUUGUCCGUAACACAGCAAGCAUUGGUGGGAACAUAAUUCUAGCACAGAAAUACCCUUUUCCCUCGGACAUCGCGACCAUACUUCUCGGUGCUGCUUCAACUGUUCGUCUUCAGGUUUAUUCACAAACACUAGAGGUUACUUUGGAAGAGUUUCUGGAGCAGCCUCCUAGUGACCCCAGUACAUUGCUCCUGAGCAUAUUUAUUCCACAUUGGGCUUCAGAUUCUCAGAAAGAAAGUAAGGUGAUCUUCGAAACUUACCGAGCAGCGCCGCGCCCUCUUGGCAAUGCGGUUUCAUAUAUUAACUCUGCAAUGCUGGGCCAUGUCUCCCAGAAAUCGUCUGGUGAUCUUGUGCUGAGUAACCUACGCAUGGCCUUUGGUGCCUAUGGGACGGAACAUGCUAUUAGAGCAACAAAAGUUGAACAACACCUGAACGGAAAAGUGCUCGCUCCAUCUGUUGUGCUCGAAGCAGUUCAGUUACUUAGAGAAACAGUUGUACCAAUGGAAGGAACAUCACAUGCUGAAUACAGAGUCAGUGUGGCUGUUGCAUUUCUCUUCAGUUUCCUGUCUCCAUUUGCUAAAGGAAUCAAAGGGCCUGGAAAAAAUCCAAGCAUUGGUUCUGCUAGUUCUUCAGAUACAGAUGAUCCCUGUAACCUUCCAUUGUCUUCACGUCGAGACACAGUUUCCAGUGGUGAUCAUAAACCAGUUGGCGAGCCGAUUAAAAAGUAUGCAGUUGAGCUUCAAGCUUCUGGGGAGGCAGUAUAUGUAGAUGAUAUUCCUGCUCCAAAAAAUUGCCUCUAUGGAGAGUUUAUUUACAGCACACAGCCUCUUGCAUAUGUCAAGAAUAUCAAAUUCAAGCCUUCUUUAGCAUCAGAGAAGGUCCUCACAGUUGUUUCCGCGAAGGAUAUUCCAAGUGGAGGGCAAAAUAUUGGAUCAAGCUUCAUGUUUGGGGACGAACCACUUUUUGGUUCUCCAGUUGCUGAGUAUGCUGGACAAGCUCUUGGUGUCGUGAUUGCAGAGACUCAGAGAUAUGCCAACUUGGCAGGCAAACAGGUCGUUGUUGAAUAUGACACAAAAGAUUUGAAGCCGCCCAUCUUAACUGUAGAACAGGCAGUACAGAACAAUAGUUAUUUCGAAGUUCCUCCUGGGAAGUAUCCAAAACAAGUUGGUGAUUUCUCGAAGGGCAUGGCAGAAGCUGAUCACAAGAUCCUCUCAACAGAAGUGAAACUUGCCUCUCAGUACUACUUCUACAUGGAAACACAAACAGCACUGGCGAUUCCAGAUGAAGAUAACACUAUUGUGGUCUACAGUUCAUCACAAUACCCUGAGCUUGCACAGAAUGUCAUAGCGAGGUGCCUCGGCAUUCCAUUCAGCAAUGUGCGUGUUAUUACAAGAAGGGUUGGAGGAGGCUUUGGCGGGAAGGCAUUCAGAUCAUUCACUGUAGCAACGGCAGCUGCACUUUGUGCCUUCAAGUUACAUCGUCCAGUGCGGAUGUAUCUCAACCGCAGUACUGACAUGAUCAUGAUCGGUGGUCGGCACCCCAUAAAAGCAUAUUACACUGUUGGUUUCAAGUCCAAUGGGAGAAUCACAGCCUUGCACCUGGACAUUCUCAUCAACGCUGGGAUUUCUCCAGAUGCGAGCCCCCUAAUGCCUGACACUAUGAUGUCAGGCCUGAAGAAAUACAACUGGGGUGCUCUCUCGUUUGACAUCAAGGUCUGUAAGACAAACAACACAUCCAAGUCAGUAAUGCGUGCUCCUGGAGAUACGCAAGGCUCUUUUAUUGCUGAAGCCAUCAUCGAGCAUGUCGCUUGA